AAUUUUUUUCGUAAAUCCGCUGUAAAACGAAGAUUUUAGAAAAAAAAUCACUCCAAAAUGUUGAUUUUUCGAUUUUCUAGAGCCAAAUAACGAGGGAGGGGACCGCGAUAGUAUAAAAUUACCAUUCUUUGUUAAAUAAAAUGACAAGUUGGAAAUAUAGUUUAACAAUAGUUGAAAAAAAAUAUUAUAAAUUUUUGGAAAGAUAAAAUGUUAAGAAAACGUCAGGAAGUCAGGUAGGAGUUCAAUGACAUGUGAUCGAUGUAGUGGAGAAGCAAAAAAUAAAGAGGAAAUUAAAGAGUAUGCUCCCACUACAUAACACCAGUUGGUCAUUGUGGCUUACUCUGAAUGUUCAUCAUCGCAACUUCUGUCUCAUUUUCUUUCUCCCUUGGUAGACGAGCAACGUCACGCGAGUCAAUCGUCCGACUCAGCAGCCGGAAAUAUCAUCUGAAAUAGUCGUGUGAUGGUCAGUAAAAUAAUUGAUAAAUCAUUCAUGAAAAUAAUUACGUAUUAAGAGGGAAAAAUUUUUUGGGUAAAAAGAACCUUCUUAAAUGUUGUCAAGAAUUUGGGUUAGUUUUUUGUAGGAUUAUCAGUUUACAAUGUGGAUUGGUAUCGGCUUCAUCUUCUUGUGUGGUCUGAAUAAGCUAACCUUGGCAAAAUCACCUCACAUCAUUUUUAUCCUUGCAGAUGACUUGGGCUGGUAUGAUGUAGGUUUUCAUGGAUCAGGAGACAUAAAAACGCCAAAUAUUGAUGCUUUAGCUUAUACCGGGGUAAUUUUGAAUAGAUAUUACGUUGCACCAAUAUGUUCACCUUCAAGAAGUGCUCUUAUGACUGGAAAGUAUCCAAUUCACACUGGAAUGCAGCAUGGAGUUAUUAUGGGCGCAGAGCCAUGGGGAUUAUCAUUAAAUGAAAAAAUCUUGCCUGAAUAUUUACGAGAUCUUGGUUACAGGAAUCAUAUUGUAGGAAAAUGGCAUUUAGGUCAUUUUAAAAAAAAAUAUACCCCAACUUAUCGGGGCUUUGAAAGCCAUACUGGUUACUGGACUGGUCAUCAUGAUUACUUUGAUCAUACAGCUGUUGAAUGGCCCUACUGGGGUAUGGACAUGCGAAGAAAUCUUGAACCAGCUUGGGAUCUUCAUGGUCAAUAUUCUACAGAUGUUUUUACUAAAGAAGCUAUCAAAGUAAUUCAAAAUCACAAUACAUCUGAUCCUUUAUUUUUAUAUAUUGCACAUUGUGCUGUUCAUUCUGCAAAUCCAUAUAAUCCUCUUCCAGUAUCAGAUGAAGAAGUGAUGAAAUUUAAUCAUAUCAAAAACUAUAAACGAAGAAGAUUCGCAGCAAUAUUAGGGAAGCUUGAUCAAUCAGUUGGUGCAAUUGUUAAUGCUUUGAGAAGACAAUCAAUGUUAAAUGAUUCGGUUAUUAUAUUCUCUACGGAUAAUGGUGGACCAGCUGCUGGAUUUAAUGAUAAUUUUGCAUCAAACUUUCCUCUUCGUGGAGUUAAAAAUACUUAUUGGGAAGGUGGUGUAAGAGGGACUGGUUUAGUAUGGUAUUCAAAACUUUCUCAACCGGGAAGAGUCUAUAAACAGCCAAUGGACAUAACAGAUUGGCUACCAACACUCAUGACAAUUGCAUCAGGAGGUAAUUAUUCUUCUCUUCCUGCUAAUCUUGAUGGUUUGGAUAUGUGGAAUGCACUAAAUAACCGAGAAUCAUCACCGCGACGUGUCAUUGUCCAUAAUAUUGAUGAUAUUUACGGUGCUGCAGCUGUCACCUUGGAUGAUUGGAAAAUAGUGAAAGGAGAAACAUAUAAAGGUUCCUGGAAUGGAUGGUACGGUUUUUCUACUUGGGAAUUACCUUAUGAAGCCAAUGAGGUCAUCAAAAGUCUAACUGGCCAAGCAGUUUUAGAAUUGGGAUUUCCGUUGACUCCAGAGUUAAUUAAGAGACUUCGAGAAGAUACUCGAAUUAAUUGUGGUGCACAAAAUAAUACCUUAGCUAAAUGUCGACCACAAAUGGCACCAUGUCUUUUUAACAUUCAAAAGGAUCCAUGUGAAUUUAACAAUCUUGCAGUAGAACAUAGUGAAAUGUUAGAGAAAUUAAAAAAAGAAUUAAGAAGAUGGAAUGAAACAGCAGUUCCUCCACGUAAAGUUAAAUCAGAUCCUCGAGCUAAUCCAAUGCUAUGGGAUCACACUUGGAAUAAUUUUGGAGAUUAUCCAGUAAUAGAUUCAUGAACUUAUAAAACAUUGUUAUGAGUGAAGGAAUCCACAUCAAUCCAUCUGAACAAGUUUCUUCUUCUAUUGAGCAAGAACAUCGACAAGUUUCUCGAUUCCAGUACAUACCAUCUUUCGAGGUACAGUCCAAUUGUUCAUAAAGAUUGUUGCAUUCACAUACACAUUCAUCAUCGUUAAAUCUUUGACGAGAAUUACAAUCAUCUGGCGUUAAAUCACAACCACAUCUAAGGAAAAUCCGGUUGAUCAAAAUAAAAUAAAAAAAGAAAAAAAAAUAUUAUAAUUGAAAUAUGUAAAACCACAUCCUUUAUCGAUUUUUACUAUUUAAAAAUUCUUAUUUCUUUAUAUAAACCAGACAAAGUUACAAGAACUCACUUGCAUCUUGUAUGUUUUUCAACAUCAAGCUCGUAACAAGGAGAAUCGAAAGAACCAAUUUGCAUUCUUUGAACCAAGACUUUGCUAGAUGUCGAUUCAAUAGGCAUACAAGACUGGCUAUCAUGUCCACAACG